UUCAGAAGAAGGAAGACUCAUCAGACUCAGAGAGACUGGAGAAGAAGCCGAAGCAGAGAGAGAGAGAGAGAGAGAGAGAGAGGGAAAGAGAGAUUCUUCGGUGAAAACAUUGAAGCUGUGGAGAAAUGUAUCCGAAUGGUCAACAGAUUUCGUUUCAGACCCCUCCGUCGAAUGUUCGAAAUCCAUCACCGAUGAUGGGUUUGGAGCAAUCUUCACCAAUUCCAAGAGAUGAAACUCAAAAUGGAGGAGGAGGAGGAGGAGGAGGCAUUGCUCAAGCUGAGUUUGCUAUGUUCAAUUCCAAGAGGCUUCAGUCUGAUCUUGAAGUCAUGGGUAACAAAAUCAAACAGCAUGAGGAUAACCUAAAGUUUCUCAAGGCACAGAAAAACAAAUUGGAUGAAGCAAUCGUUGACUUGCAAGUUCAUAUGAGUAAGCUUCAUUCGUCUCCUACUCCUAGAAUUGAAACCUCUGAUGCCAAUCUUCAGGGUGAAGAUAUUAAUGAACAGAUCCUUCGCUACAAAAACUCAGCUGCUGGAGUUUUAAGUCUGCUUGAGACUCGUCAUGGAGCUCAGGGUUCUCAGUGGAUGCUGACGAAAGGUAUUGUUGGUGUUGUAGCAAAACUUGGGAAGGUCAAUGAUGAGAACCUUAGCCAGACUUUGUCGAAUUAUUUAGGGAGUCGCUCAAUGUUGGCAGUUGUAUGCAAGAAUCACGACAGUGUUGUGGCUUUAGAGCCUUAUGACAACCAAGGCAGCAUUGAUAGAACUGCUGGUCUUCACGGACUUGCCGCUUCGAUUGACUGGACGAUUAAAGACAAUUUUGAUGCCAUCUGCCUUGAAAACCUGAAGCCGUAUGUUGGUCAGCACAUAGCUGAUGAUCCGCAAAGAAGGCUUGAUCUUCUGAAACCAAAAUUGCCUAAUGGUGAGUGUCCUCCUGGGUUUCUCGGAUUUGCAGUGAAUAUGAUACAAAUCGAUCCAGCUUACUUGCUCUGUGUCACAUCAUAUGGAUAUGGUCUUCGUGAGACCUUGUUCUACAGUCUAUUCUCCCGUCUUCAAGUUUACAAAAAAAGGGACGAUAUGAUUAGCGCCCUCCCAUGCAUAACUGAUGGUGCAAUAUCUUUGGAUGGAGGUAUCAUCAGGAAACCGGGGAUCAUCAAUCUUGGAAACCGUGAUGAGGUGAACGUGAGAUUUGCAAAGCCAAUUGCUUCGCGCACAAUGGACAACUAUAGUGAGACAGAAAAGAAAAUGAAAGAGCUGAAAUGGAAGAAGGAAAAAAUGCUGGAGGACAUGAAGCGAGAGCAAGUACUCCGUGAGCAUGCUGUCUUCAACUUUGGCAAGAAGAAAGAAGAGUUUGUUCGAUGCUUGGCUCAGAGUUCAUCCACUAAUUAGCAAUUGAACACACCCAACUAAAAAGAGAGCAAGCAAAGAAGCAUGGAACUCUGAGUAACAGUGACCCUUGCUUCCUAAAGGAAUCCUUUCUGAAAGAAGCAAAUCCUUUUUGACUAUAAAAACUUGUUUCCAGCUUAGAUUUUGAUAUGGAAAACAUCUAGAUCAGAUGAUAGAUUUAAAUAAAUUUCCUGGAAUGGUGGUAGAUCGGCUCGGUUUAGAACGGAUAGCUUUGCUACUGUGUUUCUAGUCUUUAGUUGUUUCGGUUUUGACUUGACCGUGUACAUAAUCUUCUAGGCUUUCUAAUCAGUUGAUAUGUUUUUUACCGGUACCGCAAUUUGGAACUCAAUGUUUCGUAAACAUUUCGUUCACUAAUUUA